CUUGGACACAUGGCUGAACCAAAGCAAAAACUCGAUAAUGCAAGAGGUCAUAGCAAAUCUUACAACAGAUUAUUGUCAGGCUAAUUCUGACGAGUGUGACUUGUCCACAAGGUAAAUUGAAACCGUUAAGUCUCGCUUGUAUUCUCUCCCAGUUGACUCAGCUGACGAAUAAGUACAAUCGUCUUCUUGGGAUGGAAUAAUUUCUAGUAGCGAACACAAGAGAAACUUAACUUUAUUAAUUUUACAUGAGAAUCAAUGACGUCCCUUGUAUGAGACACUAGUCCAUCACAUGUUAACUCUCAACAGAAGCUGCUGCUCAUUCAUCAACUGAGUAAAGUGGGAGAGAACAUAAGAGAGACUUAACCGCUUUAUAUGCAUGAGAGUUAAUGACUUCCAUGUAUGAGACACUAUUCCAUCACAGGUUAAAGCCUGGUUCACACGAUGAAAUAAGCACAAGCAGCGGAACCUUUGAUGUGCAUAAACGUAAGCAUAAGAUCAGAACGCAACAUUUGUUCUUCUUAUGUUUACAUCAAAGGUUCCGCUUGCUUAUGCUUAUUUCAUCGUGUGAACCAGGCUUAACUAUCAACAGAAGCUGCUGCUCAUUCAUCAAUUGAGUCAACUACGAGAGUCAAUGACGUCCCUGUACGAGACAUUAGUCCGUCACAAGUUAACUCAACAGAAACUGGUGUUCAUUCAUACAUCAAUUAUAUGUUUGAAACAAAGUUGUAUUAGUUGUUCCAUUUGACUGAUUUUGAUGUUCGUGACUGUUUUAUUUGACCGUAAGCAUGCAGACCUUAGUCCAAAAACUUCACAUUAUUUUCUAUUUUUAGCACUCGCUUCGAACCAGAGAAUGUAAAAACAGUGGACAACUAUCCUAAGAACAAGGACGCCAACCUUGAGACGCUUAUCCACGUCGAAAUUCCAACAACUGUUGGUUCCACUUCUGAGAAGAUUCCUGGAGGAACAUUGCUUACAAUUAUAACCAAUGAAAAAUCGAGAUUAAGCUCAGAAAUCGGGCAUGGUAUAGGGCCCAUCAUGCCAGGACAAACUUUGUCUGGUUCCGCUGGGGAUGAGGUGAAUAAUAAGUUGAAAAAGGUCAUGAUUCCUAUCGCGUUUUUACUGCUCUUGGUCAUAGCGUUGAUUUGCUGGAUCUUACAUCGUGGAAAGUAAGUUGAAUUCACCAUCUUGAAGGCUUGUUCGUGGUUAGUGCUUGGGUCUUUCAUCCCUGUGACUGAUAUACAGUUGCCUCAUUAUAAUUUCACCUCAGUCACAUGAAAGAAGAUUUUCAGUUUGACUCUACCAAACACUGCAUGUGCCUCAGUCACUGAGAUAUGAUUCCUGCAAUAUACAGUUGUCUCAUUAUAAUUUCACCUCAGUCACAUGUGAGAAAAUUUUCAGUUUGACUUCUACCAAACACUACAUGUGCCUCAGUCACUGAGAUAUGAUUCCUGUAAUAUACAGUUGUCUCAUUAUAAUUUCACCUCAGUCACAUGUGAGAAAAUUUUCAGUUUGACUCUACCAAACACUGCAUGUGUCUCAGUCACUGAGAUAUGAUUCCUGUAAUAUACAGUUGUCUCAUUAUAAUUUCACCUCAGUCACAUGUGAGAAAAUUUUCAGUUUGACUUCUACCAAACACUACAUGUGCCUCAGUCACUGAGAUAUGAUUCCUGUAAUAUACAGUUGUCUCAUUAUAAUUUCACCUCAGUCACAUGAGAAGAUUUUCAGUUUGACUUCUAUCAAACACUACAUGUGCCUCAGUCACUGAGAUAUGAUUCCUGUAAUAUACAGUUGUCUCAUUAUAAUUUCACCUCAGUCACAUGUGAGAAAAUUUUCAGUUUGACUUCUACCAAACACUGCAUGUGCCUCAGUCACUGAGAUAUGAUGAUUCCUGCAAUAUACAGUUGUCUCAUUAUAAUUUCACCUCAGUCACAUGUGAGAAGAUUUUCAGUUUGACCUCUACCAAACACUACAUGUGCCUUAGUCACUGAGAUAUGAUUCCUGCAAUAUACAGUUGUUUCAUUAUAAUUUCACCUCAGUCACAUGUGAGAAGCUUUUCAGUUUGACCUCUACCAAACACUACAUGUGCCUCAGUCACUGAGAUAUGAUUCCUGCAAUAUACAAUUGUCUCAUUAUAAUUUCACCUCAGUCACAUGUGAGAAGCUUUUCAGUUUGACCUCUACCAAACACUACAUGUGCCUCAGUCACUGAGAUAUGAUUCCUGCAAUAUACAGUUGUUUCAUUAUAAUUUCACCUCAGUCACAUGUGAGAAGAUUUUCAGUUUGACCUCUACCAAACACUACAUGAGCCUCAGUCACUGAGAUAUGAUUCCUGCAAUAUACAGUUGUCUCAUUAUAAUUUCAACUCAGUCACAUGUGAAAAGAUUUUCAGUUUGACCUCUACCAAACUUCACAUUCUUGUCAAGUGAAAUAAAGCACAAAUAAAGUUAGAGUAAGUUUUCUCUGCUAAUUUUUUUUAUUUGCAAUAAUUUCCUAGAAAAAAGAAGCAAGCUAGGGAAGAACGGAGGAGAUACAAUGCGUUGCAAAAUUCUAAGAAUGCAUCAAAUUUACGAGAAAAAGGCGGAGCCAUGGUAAACACCGCUGAUAAUGUACCACCGACUCAGUUUCAGCCUGAACGCGGGCCUUCGCCUGAUUUGGACUCAGCUGAAAACCAGGCUGAGGGUGAAACGAACAACAAUAUAAGAAGGCACAAAAAGAGGCGGCCUCCGCCGAAGAAGCAACCAGUCAGGAACGUUCCUGCUGACGAGAGCGAUGACGUAUUUGACGAUGACCCGGAUGAGCGGGAAAAACCGAAGAAAAAAGGCCGGCGUCGCAAAGGACGACGGUCUUACGACUUGAAUCAGGAUUAUGAGAUGCAGGCUGCGAAGGAGUUAGCCUGCUCCCAGCCUAGCAGCGAAGGGACUAACGAGGACUCCCAGGUGAACGGAGGGUAUCAACAGGAUAGCGAGAAAGGAGAGAGUGAUCCUGCGAGAAAUUCCAAUGCUGACUCAGCAGUCGAGUUGAGUUCGUCAGUCGCAUCGUCAGCCAAUCAGGGUCGUGCGCGGAGUUUGCCGCCAAUUCCCAGAGCGAGUCAGCAGGAAACACUCUGAGAAUUUGGAUCCCCCCCUUGGAAUCCGC